UCUGUGUGGUUUUACUUUAUUUGCUAGCCUUUAUCUGAGGUAUGUCUGGGCGUGGCAAACAGGGUGGGAAGGCGCGUGCUAAGGCCAAGUCGCGGUCGUCACGGGCCGGACUGCAGUUCCCCGUGGGCCGCGUCCACCGCCUGCUGCGAAAGGGCAACUACGCGGAACGGGUGGGCGCCGGCGCCCCGGUGUACUUGGCAGCCGUGCUGGAGUACCUGACGGCCGAGAUCCUAGAGCUGGCAGGCAACGCGGCCCGCGACAACAAGAAGACUCGCAUCAUCCCGCGGCACCUGCAGCUCGCCAUCCGCAACGACGAGGAGCUCAACAAGCUGCUGGGCAAGGUGACAAUCGCGCAGGGUGGUGUGCUGCCCAACAUCCAGGCUGUGCUGCUGCCCAAGAAGACCGACAGCCAUAAAGCUAAAGCCAAGUAGAAUUUUUUGACAAACAACCCAAAGGCUCUUUUCAGAGCCAC